GGCGGGAACAGAAACUAAACAACACUGUGUAUUUUUUUGUGUUUUGAUGAUUUAUCUAUUUGUGUAAAUCAAUCAAAUCUUGAUAUUAAUAAGAUCAAUGGAUAACAACUACCUCAGUAUAUCGGACAUACUGGUAACAAACGAAAAAGUACCGUGUAAAUUUUUACAUGACCUACCAAAAAUGGGUUUCCUAGAUCCCUCAGCUGCUGAAGAUGACCUGAAAGCUGGUUCUAAUGUAGAAAUCCCAUUGUGGCUAUCUGAAUCUCUUUAUUCUAGAAGACCACCUUUAGUUAGUGUAGAACUACCAAAAAUAUACAAGGAUGCCUACAGAGAGAUCCUCAAUGCUGAUGCUUGCACUGUAGAUAUGCACAAACUAGGUCAAUACUUUUAUGAGUUUGGAUGUUACAUUUCAAAACAUGAUAUUAAAGGUGAAGUUGGUUCUACAUUGAUAAAUACAUUCCGCCAAAGAUUUCGAAUGUUGCUAUCAGCAAGUGUAUCCAGGGACAGUCUGAUAGCUCUCCAGCCUCUGUCAGCCAGUGAGAGGCAACGUGCCUCCGCAGCGUCCAAGACUGAACAAGCACUCCUGGACUGGCUCCACAGUGGAGACUGCGUACUCACCACUGCUAACAUGGUAGCCAACCACAGGAAGAGGAAAAGGGCAGAGAUGGAAAUGGUGUGAUUGUCAGCCCGGUGCUGUGUGAAUUGAUUAGAUUUAAGUGAGUAUUUAUUGUAAUAAUAUUGUUUUUUAAACACAAUUAAUUUCAAUCUUUUUAUUAAUAAUAAUUGUUUCAUUUGAACUGUAAUUAACCAGACUGGCUAAUAAGCAUGGUUUGCACUAGACUAGUAAUUUAGUCAAGUGGAGAGUUAUUUAGAGACUUAAUCACUUACCAUUGGUUAAUUUAGUAACUAAAAUAAUGUGUCUAGCCAAUAGCAAAUGAUUUAGUAACUUAGUUAAGUUACUCUCCACUUGACUAAAUGACUAGUCUAGUAUGAAUAAGGCUUUAAAGAUGUACCUAACUGCUGCAAUUAAAAGAACUAUAGAUAAUAGAUAUAUAUUUUUUAAAUAAGUCUGUACUGGUACUAGUUUCAAGAUCAUAAUUACAUUGAGCUAUAAGUACUGUGUAUGAAUUUGAUAAGUAUAAACAAUUUAUAAUAUAGGGUACUUACCUAACACUA